AUGACCAUAUCAUCCUCAUCGGCCGGGGCAACCAAGUUGAUCCGGUUCUCAAUCAACGGGCUGGCCAUCGGAUUGCCAGUGGAUGCAGUGGUAGCCGUAUCAUGUCCGAGAAAUGGCCGCGUAUUCCUCACUGUCAUGCCAAGUCUCCGCCAAGCAACGUCCGUAGGCCAAGAGCAUUGGCGGAGAAUUUCCUUGCUCUACUGGGCCAAUGUGGAUCGACUUGAAGAAUUAGCAGCACGUUCAUUCCUCGGGAAAAUGGGCCACAACUUCAUGGCAGUUUCCUGCCAUAUCACGAGCCAAGCAGUAAGUCAGACAUGCCCCGUCGGAGGAUCUCCUGGACUGACAAUGAUACUUAUUGUAAUUUCGUUUUUCUUCUUCCUGUCUCUGGCGGAAUGGGUUUCUGCAAGAGUCAUUCAAGCCGGAAUUAUCGGCCAGAUUGCGGUGGGUAUCAUAUAUGGGUUACCAUUAGCGGAUAUCCUAGAAGAGCACUGGCAGGAUACCUUUCGCGUGUUAGGUUAUGUCGGGUUGAUUUUGGUUAUCUUUGAGGGAGGACUUAGUACUCGACUCGAUCUUCUCAAGAAGAACUUUAUUCUCAGUCUUCUGGGAGCUUCGGUUGGGGUUCUCUUUCCAAUUGCAUUCUCCUAUUUGCUGCUUUACCUGGGUUUUGAAUAUGGACCGGUGGAAACCUUCAUCGUCGGUGCCGCGUUAUCAGCGACUUCUCUUGGCACCACAUUUGCAGUGAUCAAGUCUGCAGCUAGAUCUGUAGACCUUGCACAGACCCGAGUGGGCGCCGUGCUCGUAAGCGCUGCCGUCAUUGACGAUGUCGCUGGUCUCGUCCUAUUGAGCAUCAUAGCCAACCUGGGCAAACUCUCCGGCGGAGGCAACGUCAACCUGGGCUGGAUUAUCGGCCGACCCAUCGUCGCCUCCGUCGCCAUGGCCGUCCUCACCCCAUUAGUCACAAAGUACGUUUUUGCGAGGAUCUUCCGACGGUAUAUCGAGCACACCUUUGCGCAGUUCGAUCAUGUCUCAAACAUCAUUCUGAUGGUGUUGGUCCUCUGCGCGUUUAUUGCCAUCGCGGCGUACGCGGGUACCUCUGUCCUUUUUGGGGCAUUUCUCGCCGGCACCUUCUUGACUUACAUCCCCAGCAAGCAUCCCUCUGGUCCGUUUGUGGUUAUGAGUCGUGAGGAGGGGGAACGCGAAGCGCAUAAGAGUCCCACAUUUGUCCAUACCUUUGAGGUGUACCUGCUGGACGUGCAGUCCUAUCUGAUGGAGCCACUAUUCUUUGCUAGCAUCGGGUUCGCCAUUCCAUUUGUGCAGCUCUGGACGGGGACAAGGAUUUGGAGGGGAGUGGUCUUUUCCCUCCUGAUGGUCGCUGCCAAGUUUGCGGUCGGUAUCUGGCUUCCACUGUGGAAAUACAUUCCACUUCUGUGGCCUCCCAAACGGAAGGAAUUGUCCAAGGAAGGACAUGGUGCACAGGAGCUGCAGAACGACUCGCCGAGGGAGAAAAAUGGAAGGUCGCAUGUGAACACUACCUGGUUGUCUGGGUUGCUUUUGGGCUCUGCGAUGGUAGCGCGCGGUGAAAUCGGGCUACUGAUCAUCGAGAUAGGGUUUAAUGAGACAUCCUAUGUGAGUGAGGACGCCUUCAUUACUGGAGUUUGGGCGAUUCUCCUUAACACCAUCAUUGGGCCGAUGGCUGUUGGGCUGCUCGUCAAGUUCUACGGGAAGAGGAUUGGAGAGGGAGAAUGGGGACUGCAAGAGCCCGAACCACUGCCCGGGCAGGAUGCUGAGCAUAGGGAGAGUGAGGUAUGA